GAUUGCUGGUUUUGUUAUGUCUGACUCGAUUGCUUCUUAUCAGCGUGUAAUCGUUGACGUCUUGUGUGUGGCGAAUUGGGAUUCUAACAAAACCACAUUUAAGCUUAUUACACGCACAUUUUCAGCCGCUUAUAAUCCGUGACUAUUAUCAUGUUUCUGAUGGAAUAAAAACACACUCCAAACGGAAGCGAUUUAAAAUACGCAACUGCCGUGCCACGCGCGCUCAAUGCGUUACACACUGUACGCCGCCUAGCAUGCGGAUGGUUUUGUUUACGCGCCUUUCGUUCGUUUGUGUACGCGGUGGGCGCAUCAUCGUCAACCCGUAACCGUAACUGACUAUCGUUAUCAGCUGUACGGAUCAAUGCAUUGCCCAUUGCCGACCGAGCGCGUUCGACCAGCCGUAAGUCUAGCCAGCAUCCAACCAGCUAGCCACACACCACACACAUCAAGCGUGUGUUUUCUAGCGAAAGGAACGUUCUUUUUUUAUUCAAUCAACAAUGAGUCUUUUCCUGAACGGACGCACCUACAGCUGUUUGGUGUGUCCAAAGUCCAGCCCCUCCUGCACGGUGCAGCACCACCCUUUGCAGCGGUUGAUCUCGUACGACGAGCUGCUCGCCAAGUAUGCCCGUAAGGUGAACAGAGAUCAGUACGAUCCGAUCGGUAUCUACACCUGUCCCUACUGCGCUCUGGACCGGCUGACCGUGGAUGCACUGUACGAGCAUUCGCGCGAUUCCCAUCCUCCGGCGAGGGUCGAGAAUGUCGCGGAUCAGCUCCCUGCCGUGCACUGUCCCGUUUGUGUGUGCUUUCGGUUGGAAAAGUCGCCCGCCAUGCUGGGACCACCGUACACCACCGGCAGCCUAUCGGAGCACAUGCUCAGUAGGCAUUGCUUUGCCAGCACGCAUCAGUAUCGGGACGAGCUGAAGCUUCACAGUGACUUCUGUUGCGACGGGGAGUAUGAGCUGAUCCGAUUUAUGGCCACGUUUUUACCGCCCGCCAUCAUCAGCUCGGACGUUGUAGCGCGAUAUGGGAACGAUGACGAUCGUCUCCUCAGCACAGCAAAACAAAUGCCGCCGACGGUGCUGUGUCCCAACUGUCUGGAGCAUAUCGAUGCAGCAUCAGGCAAAAGCUUAGCGCUGUGUGCACAUCAGUUCCACAGCCCUUGUAUCGACCGGUGGCUGGAGGAGAAGAAGUGCUGCCCUGUCUGUAGGUGUGAUUGUUCCUGAUCAGACGGACGGAUGGUCCCCGAAAUGGAGUAAAGAUAAGAAUCAAUACAAUCAAUCUUGCCGUCGCAUCUUUCAGGAUACUUCUUCACAAUCCGGAAGAAACACAUAUAUUUCCACGGCCUUAAACGUUAAGCACUUAUACACAAAUUUCUUACGAAGACAGUGGUACCAUGCGGGAUGAUGAUACACUUAGGGUUUGGGGGGACUCUACGCAGUAAGCAGAUGAAGCGCUCGUACCGAUUACCACCGAUUGCCUCCACCUCCACCGCCGCCUCCACGAUUGCCACGGAAUCCACCUCCACCGCCACGGCCACCACCGAAGCCCCCGCCGCCGCCGCCGCCUCGGCCACGGAAACCACCACCGCCACCGCCACGGCCCCCACCAAAACCACCACCGCCACGGCCACCACCGAAGCCGCCGCCACCACCUCUACCACCACGGCCUCCGCGACCACCGGGCUUACCGACCCUGCCAGCCGGUCGGCGGGUCUGAUUGCCAGGCAGGAAGCGUGCCAGCGGCAGCAGUUUCGCCGAAUCGAUAAACAGCUUCUGCUUCUGCUGGAAUCCGUCCGGCUUCAUGUUGUCGUUCAGCUUGAUCGACACGUAAAAGUCCUUCAGAUUGCCAAAGAUUUCGUCCACCUUGCCGAUCUGCUUCUCGCCCUCCAUGUAGAUGGGCGCAUUGAAGAAGGGUACAUUUUCCACCUCCACCUUGGCGACGAGAUCCUCCUGGCAGGGGUAGUCGUAGUACCCGAGGGGAAUGAUAUUCUUCGGACCGUCGUCCCGCUGGCCAAAGCUGCCACGGUUGUUGAACCCGCCACGGCCUCCUCCGCCACCUCCUCGGCCGCCACGACCACCCCAACUGCCGCCACCGCCUCGUCCACCGCCACCACCACCACCACGGCCACGGAAGCUCAUAGUGAACAAACUGUAACGACGGACAGGUAAACAAGCGAAUCAAUAAAGUGAGGUUAGGCGCAGUGAAGCGAUUGCUUUCGAGCUUGUUCUUAUACGAAAA